AUGUCACGAAGAAAAGAGAAGAUAGUGAUGUUUCCAUUCAUGGCACAAGGCCAUAUCAUACCUUUCUUAGCAUUAGCCCAUCAACUAGAACAAACUAAGAAGUAUACCAUAACCUUUGUGAACACUUCUCUUAACAUCCAGAAACUAAGACCAUCAAUCCCUGCAAAUUCAUCCAUUCACCUUCUUGAAAUCCCUUUUGAUGGCUCAGGCUAUGGCCUGCCUCCUGGCACUGAAAACACUGACUCUAUUCCUUACCAUCUCAUAGGCAACCUUUUCCAUGCUUCUUUGUCUCUCAAACCUUCUUUCAGGAAACUCAUUUCUGAUCUUGUUAAGGAACAAAAUGGCCAUCCACCACUCUGUAUAAUCACAGGCAUUUUCUACGGCUGGUGUGCAGAGAUUGCACAUGAGUUUGGUGCAUUUCAUGCCAUAUUUUGUGGAGGUGGAGCUUUCGGUUUUGCAUGUUACACUUCUCUGUGGUUUAAUCUGCCUCAUCAGAACAAAAAUUCUGAUGAAUUCACUAUACCAGAUUUCCCUGAAGCUUCUAAAAUUCAUGUCACACAGUUGGCAGAAAAUUUGAGAGUAGCCAAUGGUAGUGAUCACUUCUCUCUGUUUCUACAACAUGUGCUUCCGGAAUGGAGGAAUGCUGAUGGGAUUUUGAUGAACACAGUGGAGGAGCUUGACGGAGUUGGAUUGGAAUAUUUUCGGCGUAAAAUUGGCAAGCCAGUUUGGCCAAUUGGGCCAGUCCUCCUGUCCAACAGAUGCCAAGAUCAAGCUGGAAUUACCCCUGAACUAUGUAGAAACUGGCUUGAUACAAAACCUGCGAAUUCAGUUCUGUACAUAUCAUUCGGUUCACAGAAUGUAAUAUCUGCACCACAGAUGAUGGAAUUGGCAAAGGCAUUGGAGGCUAGUGGCAAGAAUUUUAUCUGGGUUGUUAGGCCACCUACUGGCUUCGACAUCAACAUGGAAUUCAAAGCAACAGAAUGGUUGCCUGAAGGAUUUGUAGAAAGAAUGAAAGAUUCAGAAAGAGGGUUACUAGUGCACAAAUGGGCACCACAAGUGGAAAUUCUGUCUCAUAAGUCUGUAUCAGCAUUUUUGAGUCAUUGUGGGUGGAACUCCGUACUUGAAUCUUUAAGCCAAGGUGUGCCACUAAUUGGGUGGCCAAUGGCAGCAGAGCAGUUCUACAAUGUCAUGCUUUUAGAAGAACAAAUUGGAGUUUGUGUGGAGGUUGCUAGAGGAAAGAGCUGUGAGGUUAGGCAUGAAGAGAUAGUGAAAAAGAUAAUGCUGGUAAUGGAUGAAACAGAGAAGGGGAAGGAAAUGAGAAAGAAAGCAAGUGACAUUAGGGAUAUGGUUAUGGAUGCAGUUCAAUAUGAGAAAGAUCUCAAGGGUUCUUCUGUCAAGGCCAUGGAUGAGUUCUUGAAUGCUGCGUUCCUGAGACAAGAAGAGACAAUCAGUCAGGUUCACCAGGCUUGGCGUUUCGCGGCGGUGGCGGCGCUUGUGGAAAGUACAUGGGGGGAUGCUCAUAGUAUGGGUAGGAUACUGGAGGAGGUGGGUAAUGGUGUUGUGUAUUAUGCAAGUAUGGAUAUCUUGCUUGCAUACCCUCCGCAUAGGGAUUAUAGUGACCGUAGCCAUGGCCAUGCACCAUGGGCCUAUAUCGGUGUUGACCAUAAUUUGCCUGAUAGGUAUUGUAGUGUCCGUGGCCAUGCACCUUGGGUCUAUACUGGUAUUGAUCAUAAUUCACCUGACUUGCUGCUGCUGGUUCCUUCAAAGGUUUGCCUGUUACGCCUGCUUGACCUGAGAUUGCACGAGUUUGGUGCAUUUCAUGCAAUAUUUAGUGGAUGUGGAGCUUUUGGUUUUGCUUGUUACUACUCUCUGUGGUUAAAUCUGCCUCAUCAGAACAAAAAUUCUGAUGAAUUCACUUUACCAGAUUUCCCUGAAGCUUCUACAAUUCACAUCACACAAUUGUCAGAAAAUUUGAAAGAGGCCGACUGUAGAGAUCUCUUCUCUGUUUUUCUGCAGAAUGUUCUUCCUGAAUGCACGAAUGCUGAUGGGAUUUUGCUGAACACAGUGGAGGAGCUUGACAAGGUUGGAUUGGAAUACUUUCAGCGUAAAAUUGGCAAGCCAGUCUGGCCAAUUGGGCUAGUUCUCCUGUCCAAUAGAAGUCAAGAUCAAGCUGGAAUUACCUCUGAACUGUGUAGAAACUGGCUUGAUAAAAAAACUGUGAAUUCAGUUCUAUACAUAUCAUUCGGUUCACAGAAUGUAAUAUCUGCACCACAGAUGAUGGAAUUGGCAAAGACAUUGGAGGCCAGUGGCAAGAAUUUUAUCUGGGUUGCUAGGCCUCCUAUUGGCUUCGACAUCAACAUGGAAUUCAAAGCAACAGAAUGGUUGCCUGAAGGAUUUGAAGAAAGAAUGAAAGAUUCAGAAAGAGGGUUCUACCAUGGUGUGCCAUUAAUUGGGUGGCCAAUGGCAGCAGAGCAGUUCUACAAUGUCAUGCUUUUAGAAGAACAAAUUGGAGUUUGUGUGGAGGUUGCUAGAGGAAAGAGCUGUGUGGUUAGGCAUGAAGGUAUAGUGAAAAAGAUAAUGCUGGUAAUGGAUGAAACAGAGAAGGGGAAGGAAAUGAGGGAUGUGGUUAUGGAUGCUGUUCAAUAUGAGAAAGAUCUUAAGGGUUCUUCUGUCAAAGCCAUGGAUGAGUUCUUGGAUGCUGCAUUGAUGAUACAAGAAGGGACAAAAAGGGAGACAGAUUGUGAGGUCUAA